AUGUUGCGACGCAAAAGCUCCCGAAGCACUCACCGGCAUCCCCUUGGCAGAAGCAAAUCCACCAGCUCUAUUGCCAGAAGAAGAGCUGAUUUUGUAGUUAAUAUCGAUGCAGCAUCUGCAGAACGAGAUGCCCAUAUUGCAGCCAAUUUGUCUUACUAUCGCGCUCAUGGCUAUCACAGACAGGAUACACCGGGGGAAUGGCCAAGCCAAGGUUCACAUGAUCUUCUUCUUCGACGGAGCAAUACCGUCAACGGUCGACUAGAAGGUCCGCCAAACGGUAUUCCGAAGAGGAAACAGAGUGUAAGGUUCACGGGCCCUAAUGCCAGGCCCCGGCGACAACUGGCUGCUCGAGCAAAGCCAGUGGUGCGUUCCAAUCCAUCAAAAGGGCCAACUUGUACUACAGGAAGGCGAGAUAAUGGCCGUCUUUCGCCUGCGAGAUCAAACUAUACGCAAUCCACAGAAACGAACUAUAAGCCUCGGAGCAGCAACUCUUCUGUCAUCCACACAAGUGGUUAUUUCCUCACGGAGCCUGCCAAUAUCACUCCUAUGCCGCCGUUUGUGGGAUCGCUUCGGAAAUCCAAGUCCAUGUAUAGCCAGUCCAUGGGUUCAGUGUCAGGAUAUGACAACGAUGACAUUCGGGCUGACGGCCUAAAGCCACUGCCAACAACACCUUCAACCAUACAGUUCCAGGACAGGCAGAAUCAGACAAAGCGGUACUCCAUCAGGCGAAGUCUGCGCGCACCAAAGUCCAUGAGCUAUCUUGAAUUCCAGACUAUAAAGCCAUUGGUAGAAGGAGCUGAGAAUAAACAUAACGGAUACUCUUUGCCAGAAAAGGUGAUGCACUCGAAGGGGUCUUUUCGUCAUCUCAAGUCUCAUUCCUCAAUGUUCUUUCGGUCCAAGCAUCGACAGCAAGAGAGCUCGACAGGAUUAUCCAGGUCACUGCGCAACAGCAGUGACAACAGCGCCGCGCUUUCCCCAGCCUUCUUGGGAAAUGGCAUUCCUCCUGCGAAGCAUACUGGGAUACGGUUCACGGCUAGGCGAGUGUCGAAAACGGUUCGAAAUAAACUGAGCAGACUGUUCGGUCGGUCAAAGAGUACGGACACUAGCGGAAACGACAUUGCAGUCGAUGCAUCCCAAGACACUGAUAGCGACAGCUUCCACCACCGAACUGACACACCGCCGAUUGAAGAAGCUUCCAUGUCAAGAGUGACUUCUCAUGUCCCUUCGCUUCAUGCGGUGCCGUCGUACCAGCAGAUGCGGUCACGUCAGGGAAGCUUGGAGAGCAUCUCGCAUGAGGAGAACAUGCCUGCUGAUGACAAGUCCCGUGUGACUAGUUGGACAAACUCGUCAGCAAAUACUGUUAUUAGCUUCGGCGUAAAUGAGGAGCACGAGUACCAGCGUCUGUCUGUCAUCAAGGAAAAUGGCAUGCAUAUCCCAUCCACUUCUCGCAUUCCAUCGGCGAAUCCUACUAUUCCAGGAAUGACAAUAAAUAGCCAGCGAGUGUAUUCAGCGCUCAUGAAGAAGCUUACAAACACUCCCAGUAAUCCAGACGAGGUGCAGAACCACGAAUCGUCAAAACAGUCGUCGGCCGAGUCGGUGCCUCUCGGACAUGGCUCUGAUCAAGGAGACGCACAGCCAUGGUCUCCGCCGAUUAUUCGAUGUAUCGGGACAAGCGAUGAUGACGUAUUCGAGGAUACUAAAGAAGUCAUUUCCUCCAUGUCGAGGAAGCCGGCGUACAAGGCUUAUCCGAAUGCAUCUGCGGGUGAUGGCAAGGGGCUUUCACCAGCCAAGAUCCCUCUACCAGAGUCGGCGACGAAACAGUCGUCCAUCCGUGCCGACAGAAACUCGACGUUUUCUCCAAGUUCAGACAAUCACCUUUUCCGCACGACGAGUCCUUACCGUCGGGCCAUUCAACGCAGUAUGAGAGAUUACCAAGAAUCAGACCACACUCACGCUUUGGAUACCAGGUAUUUGAGUACGCUGUCUGCAUUAAGUCUACCUAGUCGACGCCCAAGCACUGUGGGAUCAGAGACGGAUGCGCGCCUAACCUAUGCCGAGAGCUUUUAUUCCUUUACGACCGAGGAAUUAACAACCGUCCGACCAGAUGGACUUGCAUCGCCUCCUCUUCCCGACGUUCUCAACGCUGUGGCGGGGGAUGUAGCCGUGCCAGUAGAGUCUUCUGCCAACAUGGAAACACCAGUACGCGGCCAUGAUGCUUCGGCAGUAAGUUCAGUAGAAUGGAAGGCCGGGCUCAGCGCCAACAUCUCCAAGCUGGAAAAGCCGCAUACCGCUCACCCCCAAUGUGCGGAGAAGCCAAGUGGUGCCGUGCUGCAUGCUGGGCACGUAAGAGAGAGUGCCGAGAUCGAAUCACCAGGUGAAACCCCCAAGACAGCGGUGACAGGUACAGGAGAGGAGUUUCCCGGCCGCGUUGUCAGCUUACAUGGCCUUGGAACCCGUCCAUCGCCACCGACUCAGACUGGAAGUCCUCUCAAGUCUACAGAGGGAACGGCCGGACCGAACAAGAGGGACAGGUUACAUUCUGCGUCGCCAAGCGUUCCAUCCAGCCCGCUCCGACAUACCCCUUGCUCAACUACCUCCUUGACUAAAGUAGACAAUGGUACUACUCCAAAUUUAAACGACUGUCGGCCGGGCCUGUUGAGAAUGAGGUCUCUGAACACGGUCCCUACGACGGCACCGCAACCCCAUGAUGGGCUACCCUGGAAGCAAUGUGAUCAGGAAAACUCUAGAACUGGACCACCAAUCAUGUCCAAGACUACGCCAGGGCUUUCCGCUAUACCUCAGCGAGCAGCUAGUGCUAAAGGGAGUUCACCGGGAAAGUUGGGCACUGGUGCCUCGACAUCCCCACGCACACCGGAAGGGUCGAUGCCCGUAUCGAAUAGCCUGUCGGAAACAACCAAGUCGGAGUGGGACGCCCAGAUCAGAGGAAGCAGGCGAAUGGUUGAUUUGUUUUUGAGCAGUCGUCGAAAGGCGAUUCAUGGGACCAUGUCGAGGAAUGGGAGUGAAAACUUUUCGACGGCAUUUCUGUGA